AAAACAAAAAAAAAAAAAAAAAAAAUAUCGUUGUCGCAAUUUGUGAAUUUUGUGUCGAUUUUUCAAAAAAAUAGUGUUAAAACAAAGGCAAAUUCUUUCUUUUUCGACUGUUUAACAACGAUAAAUUGACGGUGAUAUUAGAUUUAAUGGAAGAUGGGAUCCACGGCGGGUAAUUCUAGCCACAUAAAGCAUUCAAUACCUAUCGACAUAUUGGACGAUCUUUGCAGUCGGUUUAUAAUAAACAUCCCGCCAGAAGACCGCGACAACCUGGUCCGAAUCUGCUUCCAAAUAGAGCUGGCCCACUGGUUCUACCUCGACUACUACUGUACUGAUGAGAGUACCAAUCUUCAUCCAUGUGGCAUUAGGGAGUUUGCAGCACAUAUUUUUCAACACGUCCCUCAACUCAGAGGCCACGCGAGUAGUCUGGACGAGGUGUUGAAGAACUGGCGCGAGUACAAACAAACUGUUCCUACUUAUGGCGCCAUCCUGCUGGAUACGGACCUCACGCACGUGCUGUUGGUGCAGUCGUACUGGACUAAGGCGUCGUGGGGCUUCCCCAAAGGCAAGGUCAAUGAGGAUGAGGAGCCUUGGGUGUGCGCUGCUAGAGAGGUGCUAGAAGAAACAGGGUUUGAUAUAAGCAAGUUAAUUAACAAGAACGACUACAUUGAAGCAAUGAUCCACGACCAAAUAGUGAGACUGUAUAUUAUAGGCAACAUACCUAGAGACACUAAGUUCCAACCACGCACCAGGAACGAGAUUAAGGCCUGCGAAUGGUUCCCUCUGGCCGAUCUUCCGUCCAAUAAGAAAGAUAUGACGCCUAAAAUGAAGAUGGGGGUUAGUCCUAACGCGUUCUUUAUGGUGCUACCGUUCGUUAAGCGUAUGAGGCGUUGGGUCGCCGAGAGGAACCCCAAGUCCUUCAGACGAACCCGUCACAAGUCCAUGGGAGACAUUGAGGCAUCGACAAGCAAGAGUAAGGGCAAGUCUAUCUCGCAAGGGUUGGUCAAUGAGAUACAAGAUUACCAGAGCCAACACCAACAAAGCCAACCCAAGGACUACCAAGGCCCCAAGCACAAGAAUCAUCAUAGUCAUAAUAGUAAUGGUAGCCAUACUCACAGCAACGGGAACCAUAAUGGAAAUCACAGUCAGACCAAUGGUCACGGUCACAAUGCUACAAAGACCAAUCCUACCAACCGUAAAGAUAGGAAGGGUACGAAACGCCAAUUGUUUACGCCUCAGAAUACUCAUACAAACAACUUUUCUCCUGUUAAGGAUAAUAGUGUGACCAGAGAAGAAAAUACAGAAGUACAAGAUGAUAGUGUGUUUUUCAACUUUAUUGCCCCGGCGUGGGCUAACUUUAAGUUCGAUCGGCGUGCCAUCCUCGACUGUCUGACUUGAGAGUCGACUUAGCUCGUAAGGUUGAUCUCAACAAUCGUAGGCAAAGCUUUGCGAUUCUAAUUCCAACACUUUGGCUUUAAUUCUUACUUAUUAAAGUUACUAUGAAGAUCUA